GGUCCAUCAGCGGACACCGUGACAUCGCCGCUCCUUCCAACAUCGAGCUUCUUGUUCCUAUCUAGACUAUAGAUGGUGAAACCAGUGGGACACUCAGCGAAGGUACCAGUGUCUUUUGACAGUUGCUCCCGGCCUGUUGGUGGCCUGAACAGGCGCCUAUGAUCCCUGAUGAUGGCAUCACUCUCCCUGCAUCUGAGAAGGUCGCCCAAUUGAUCGGGUAAGCUACAACUCACGGAUCAGAAGCAUGACCGGCGCAAGCAGCAAGUCUCCUCUGGCGUCAGAUCUUCGCAAAGCGACACUUCCGCCUGACCAUGUCAUCUCUCCAGUGGGAAUGUUACAUCUGCAAUCACCUCAAAAGUCUGUCCUAGCUUGGUGAAUCUGAACCCGGCCGCAUCGCAGACACAACGCUUAAUAAUGGAUACAUCUCUCAUCACGCAGUCCUACAGGAGGGAACUAUACCAACUUGAAUCAUGCCAUCCCCGAACCCAACCUACCCUGACAUUCUCACCGAACGUCUCAUUCUCCGCCUCUUCAAUCCCUCCCUCUCGUCAGACUACGACAAAAUCCUACAAAUCUACAACUCGCCCUACACACGCGCCACCACUCGGCGACGCCGGCAUCCGCACGCCCGAAGACGUUGAUCGACGUUGUUCUCGAAAACCACUUACUAGUACUUCCACCGACCCCUCAGGAGGCAUCGUCCUGCCAACACACCCCUAUCAUCUCGUCUACUUGCGCUCCAACAACAGACAUGUCGGAAGUACGUCAAUCUCACAUCGCCCCGAAUUCCCGUCCCCAGACAUAGGUUAUACGACUCUAGAGGAAUAUGCCAACCAAGGAUACGCCACUGAAGCGGCUGGAGCAGCGCUGAAGUGGUGGACCGAGGAGAUGAAAGUCGCGAAUAUAUGGGCCGGAGCUCUCAUCACCAACAAGUCCAGUCAGAGAGUCGCGCGGAAGAUUGGCCUGGUCGAUGGUGGAAAGAUUACGGUUCUGAUGCCCGGUGAUCUCACCAUCACUGCAUUGGUCUUUGUACAGCUGCAUAUGCAGACCGCUUGUCCGGGUCUGGAUGGUAUGGUCUUGGACGUCAGGGGCAAGGCGGAUAUGUCUUCAACUUAAGAUCUCAUUCACAGAUACUGAUAGAGGUAUCUAUAUGCUCAUCUUCAAGAACAACCAGCACUCCAAUCCCGAUUGUAGCUUUCCCCUUGACUUACUCUCAACAACAGGCCGGCCUAGCCCACCCGUCUCUUCCACCCCAAAUCC